CCAAACAGCGCGACCCGGGGCGAUGGGAUUCCUAUGGCGAAGGCGUGUUUCUCGCGUUAAUCAAAGGUUAAUUUACAGGUAAGAAGCUACGGUUGACGUUUUAACGAUGACCAUUUUACAAGCGCGUUUGAAUCAAAUUAACGACGUAAUUUAAAGCGUGACAGCUCGUCAGUUUCAAACAAAAUAUUAAGUUUUAAUGUUCCUACGCAUGCGCAUAGAAUAUGCGUCACGUUGGAAUAUAUCUAUAUCUAUAUAUAUAUAUGAAUGUAAAAAAACUGAAAAUAUCGGUUAGUAGUUACCAGAAAUCGCGGCUAAGCAGUUCAUUUAAAUGACCCGCCGAGCUUCGUUGGGAACUAUUCGGCGGCUACACGAACCACGUGACCCUCUCGCGUUCUGACCCCUCGCUGACGUAACGCUCUCUUUCUAGGGCUCUGAGUUGAGCGAGCUCGCUACAAAAUGAGGUGUUUUCAAGUCUUAAAUCAAAGCUAAAGUGAUAAGGUUUGAUUAAAUCUAUGUAGGAGCGUUUCUGUGCAACGUCAUCACAGAGAUGCGUGCGCAACUAGGGGGCAGAAAGCAGCUACAGCGCAGAAAUUUUAACCCAAGGUAGAGCUCAGAUACAGCAGAGAUGACGCGCAGUUGUUGUGCAAUCAACUGCACAAACCGCCAAAAGGAUGGGUGGAAAAUGUUCAACAUUCCAAAGGGGUCACAUGCCUUUGCAAGGAAUCGAAGGAAAUUAUGGAUUCAGGCAAUUAAAAGGGCGGAUUGGGGUCCCGAUGGUCCGAAAGGCAACGAGAGUCUGUGCAGCGCCCACUUUGUGUCAGAUCAAUUGUCAUACCAUGGUUGGCUGUACAGCAUUUGGAUGCACCAAUCGGUCCGAGAAAGGAGUGCGGAUGUAUGGCUUCCCAAAGGACAUGGACAGAAGGAAGAAAUGGUUGGCAAUGGUCAGCAGAAGCAACCUGACAAUCAAAAGAGACUACAACAACAGAAAACUAUGUCAAGAGAACCGUCCAUGGAUUAUGAUAGUCCAGAUUUUGUUCCAUCCAUUUUUUCCCAUAGCACCGGAGACAGUACAGGAAAGGUGGCAAGAUAUAAAAGAAAGAGAAGGCCGGACGAAGCUAAAGCCGCUGUUGCCAGCCCCACAGGAGAAACUGAGGCAGAUCCUCUUGAACCCACUGAAGAUGAAGGCGAGUUUGUAGCCAAAAAAGAGACGGAUCAACUCAACCUGCCCUACAACCAGCUCCGUGACGACUAUGAAGCUGUGAAAAGAGAACUGGAGGCCACACAGGAAGAGAAUAGAAAACUGAAGGAGCAGCUUAAGCAGUCCAAUUUUGGGUUUGAUUCCAUAAAGGACACGAACUCUAAAAUUUGUUUUUUUACCGGUUUACAGUCAUUGCAGGUUUUCAUGUGGCUGUUGAACAUUUUAAAAAGAAGCACACUUGUGCUGAAGGGUGGGUUAAGCUGGGAGAACCACCUCCUUUUGGUUCUAGUGAAAGUCCGACUUGGACUCACCGACAGAGACCUUGCCUACAGAUUUGGGCUUCCAUUCUCAACUGUAUCAGAAAUCUUAAGACAGUGGAUUCCCGUGUUGUCCUCAAUAUUGAACCCUUUGAUAAUGUGGCCGAGUAAGGAUGCAGUGAGAGCAAACAUGCCAAAGUGUUUCAAACCUAAAUUUAAAAACUGUCGCUGUAUUUUAGACUGUACUGAGAUUUUUAUAGAGAGAACAUACAAUCUAAGAGCAAGAGCUGAAACCUGGUCAAAUUAUAAGCACCAAAACACAAUCAAGUACCUAAUUGGAAUAACACCAGCAGGAGCUAUAUCUUUUUUGUCUGAUGGGUGGGGAGGUUGUGCCUCUGACAAGUUAAUAACUUUAGAUUCUGGCUUUUUGGGAAAACUUGAGUAUGGGGAUGAGAUCCUUGCAGAUAGAGGUUUCCUUGUUAGAGAGGAAUUGGCUAGAGUAGGAGCAACACUAAGAAUCCCAGGUUUCACUAAGGGGAAGUCUCAGUUGUCAGGUUCAUGUGUUGACACUUCACGCCAGUUGUCAAGAGUCCGUGUUCAUGUGGAGCGAGUUAUAGGUCAGCUUAAAACCUUUCAGAUACUGAACACUGUGAUACCCAUCAGCCAAGUUGAUAUGCUAGAUUAUAUUGUAACUAUAUGUGCUGGUCUCACCAACCUUAGAAGGACAGUGGUGGCCCAGUGAUAACUGUGUUGAGACAAAAUAACUAUCACAGAGAUAUGAUUGCAGUAAAAAGAGUUUUAAACACUAACAAAUGCAAACAUUUAGAAAAUAAAACUAAUUGCACUGUC